GACCAAACAAUUCACAUGCGACAGUUUGUUUCCCUCAGUUUGGAUUCAGACUUUGUCGCAGACUGUGUCCACUGAUAAAUAGGAAAAUGUGUGGUGGAUUAAUGAUGUGCCUCAGAAAGAGACACUGUGAGUGAGAGAUCAGAGCAUAUCUGCACUGCCUGGCUAAAACACCCAGGGAAGUAAGAAAAGCAAACAGUGCUGUGGAGUGGGAAAGCAAUGAUAGGAGUCACAGCACAGUGCAGGAAUGCUGAAUGCUGUGGACUACGCAGGCAAAAGAGUGGUGAGAAUGAGGUAGUCACCAUUUGCUCAACUGGGUACAGUCUUUCAUAACGGCAGCAAGCCACAUCCACUGAUCUGAGAACAGUUAACCUUUACCUGUAACUGGUUCACGUACACCUCAGUUCCUCGACCCACAGCAUCCUGCACUGUACAGCCACACGUUAGAGCACCAUUUGGCCUAAGGGUACUGCAUUGGAUUGAAGAUAUAAGUUACUAAAACAUGGUGCUUUUCGCAGGUCGGCCACUGAUCACAGUGUGGACAAUACAACGGAAAUGCUACGGGACUGGCUGGGUGCAGUGGACAGCCUUUACCACUCGGUUGAGUUGAGGACCACAGAGGAGUCACGCCCUUUGUUUGGGGAGCAGGGGCCGAAGCACUGGGCUGACUCCAGGUACACCCAUGUGUUGCAGCUGAGGCAAGCAGCACUGAGGAGAGCCAGGGCUGUGUGGGCAGACUACAUACUGGUGAGAAGCCAGUAGUAAGACCUUCACCAGCUCCCGCUUAGCGAUGCUUUAUCUACAGGGCUUACACAGUACAGUUUAUUCUCAUCCUUAUUCUCAGUUGAGAUUCCUAUGUAUAGGACAUCAGUGACAUCAAACAGUCUGAAGAUAUACAGCCUACUUUCCUCUUUGAUUUUGAUUCCAGUUCAGUUUCAGUUUCUUUACGGUGACUGCAUAUGUUCUAAUACUUGACACUGUUUUUUUUUUUAUUUAUCUUUUGAUGCAAAGCCCCAUGUGUAUAUUUAUCUAAAGGUAUACCAUAUUACAUUUACAUUUACAUUUAGUCAUUUAGCAGACGCUUUUGUCCAAAGCAACGUACAAGGGAGAGAACAGUCAAGCUACGAGCAAUAGAGUAACAAUAAAUACUAUUUUACAUAAGAAAUAGAAAAAAGAAAUGGAAGUUCACAGUUCCUUUUGUGAAGGGACCAUCUGCCUGUGCACAUGCCUCUUUUGACAAAUGUGACCUUUUGUGUUGUUGCACAUGAAUCGGAAUCACACAUUGUCUUGCAGUUUGCAGACAGUGACAAUCUGCUGACAAAUCCAAAAGUGCUGACACUGCUUAUGGCUGAGAAUAAGACUCUGGUGGCACCCAUGCUGGAGUCCCGUACUCUUUAUGCCAAUUUCUGGUGUGGCAUGACACCCCAGGGUUAUUAUAAACGCACCCCUGAGUACAUACCCAUCAGAGACUGGAAGCGUUUGGGAUGUCAUGCCGUUCCCAUGGUGCACUCCACUUUCCUGCUGGACCUGCGUCGAAAUGCGAGCAGAGAUCUGGCCUUCUACCCAGUCCAUCACCUCUACCCCUGGAUUCUGGAUGAUAUAAUGGUCUUGUCUUUCUCAGCUAAGCAAGCAGGUUGGUACAGGAGGAACGCACCAAUUGUUAAGCUUUGUAGAAAAGGUGGCAUCCUGUAACAUUAAUCAUGACAU